GCUUUUGUUUCUAUCUUGUCAACCCAGCAUUGUUUAUGUCGAAAGCCAAAAGCUUAUUCAUUCGAUGGAUUGAAAGAAACCAAAUCCAACCCAAAAACCCAAAAAAUUCCAAGUGCCGGCUUUUGCCCUCUUCCCAAGUUCCAGUUUCUGUCAUCUUCAUCUUCUUCCUCUCCACGUCGACCAUGUGCUCUGCUUCUCUCUCCUCGUCCUCUCUCUGUCACCAAUCCCAUCUCAAACCUCCACUCUCUUUCUCCAACAAUGGCGGGCUCUCUGUUCCCCAGGCAUAGCCACUCUUCAUUCUCAUUAUUUUCUUCUCUUCUUCUCUCUCUUUUACUGCCAACCAUGACUUUCACAACAAAAGCCUCGUCAGCCUGCACUUCUGAACCAGGCCCUGUAAAACCCACAAUUCCAUUGGUCGCCUUCUUCGAUCGGCUCCAAGAAACUGCGCUCGCCACUUUUGGAAAAACCAACUUCGACCCAAAAUUCUACGUCGAUUUGUCGCUCAAGUUCGAGUUAUCGAAGACUCAGAAAGCCUUUGAUCAGCUUCCAAAGUCUGCAAACGGGUCUGCAUCAGUGAAGGAUUUGAAGGAAUUCAUAGCAGAGUAUUUUGAGGAUGCAGGGGAGGAUAUGGUGCUUGCUGAGCCAGAGGAUUUUGUCCCGGAGCCGGAGGGGUUCUUGCCCAAGGUGAAGAACCCAGAAGUGAGGGCUUGGGCUUUGGAGGUGCACUUGCUUUGGAAGAAUUUGAGCCGCAAAGUCUCUGAUGAGGUCCACAAGAGGCCUGAGUUCCAUACUCUUCUUCCUCUGCCUCAGCAGUGUGUAAUUCCGGGUUCAAGGUUCAGAGAAGUUUAUUACUGGGAUUCCUAUUGGGUAAUUAGGGGCCUGCUUGCAAGUAAAAUGUAUAACACAGCUAAAGCAAUUGUGUCUAAUCUCAUUUACUUGAUAGAAGAAUAUGGAUAUGUCCUUAAUGGUGCAAGGGCCUAUUACACUAACAGGAGCCAGCCACCCCUUUUGAGUGCAAUGGUUUUCGAAGUAUACCAGAGGACAGGCGAUGUCGAAUUCGCUAGAAAGUCUCUCCCUGCUCUCAUCAAGGAACAUGAAUUCUGGAAUUCUGGUAUUCAUAAGGUAACUGUUCGAGAUUCCCAAGCUCAGAAACACACUCUAAGUCGAUAUUAUGCAAUGUGGAACAAACCCAGGCCUGAAUCUUCAACCAUUGACAAGGAAUUUGCUUCGAACAUCUCGAAUGUUGAUGAGAAACAGCAUUUUUACCGGGAAGUGGCUUCAGCUGCUGAGUCUGGAUGGGAUUUUAGUACAAGAUGGAUGAGGAACCACUCAGAUUUUACAACAUUGGCCACCACAUCAAUUUUACCUGUUGAUUUAAAUGCAUUCAUACUAAGGAUGGAACAUGACAUUGCCUUACUUGCAAAAGUUACAGGAGAUCACAACAUUGCUGAGUGCUUUCUCAAAGCUUCUGAAGCAAGACAUGAGGCCAUAAAAACUGUUUUCUGGAACGCAGAGAAGGGACAAUGGCUUGAUUAUUGGCUCGGCAAUAGCACAUGCAAUGUGGAAGCUCAAACGUGGGAAGCUUGUAACCAAAAUCAGAAUGUAUUUGCUUCAAACUUCGUCCCUCUGUGGGUCGAGCCGUUUUUCUCAGAUGCUUCUCUGGUAGAGAAAGUUACAAGAAGUCUUCAAAGCUCAGGACUGCUUUGUGAUGCUGGUAUCGCAACAUCCUUGACAAAGUCAGGAGAACAAUGGGACUUUCCAAAUGGCUGGGCUCCAAUCCAACACAUGAUAGUUGAAGGCCUGGCAAGGUCUGGUUUGAAGGAAGCAAAGUUAGUGGCAGAAGACAUUGCUGUGAGGUGGAUCAGAACCAACUAUGUUGCCUACAAGAAAACAGGCACCAUGCAUGAAAAAUAUGAUGUGGAAAAGUGUGGAGCCUUUGGAGGUGGUGGUGAAUAUAUUCCCCAGACUGGUUUUGGGUGGUCAAAUGGAGUUGUAUUGGCAUUCUUGGAGGAGUUUGGAUGGCCUCAAGACAGAAGGAUAAAUUGCUGACUAGCAUUAGGAUUUUAGGACCAAAUAAUCUUAUUGGCUUGGAGAUGCAUUUCAGUUUUUUUUUUUUUUUUUUGGUGGUA